GUGUGAUCAUGACAGCUGAAGGCUUCUCACUCAUAGUGGUUUUCAUUCUGCUGAUUGAAUUAGUUGAUUCUCUAAACCGUAGCAAUUUUCCAGUGGAGUUCUUAUUUGGAACUGCCUCAUCUUCUUACCAGUAUGAAGGUGCAGCAAAAGAAGGGGGCAGGGGACCAAGUAUAUGGGACACCUUCACCCACAUACAUUCAGAUAGGAUAAGGGACCAAAGUAGUGGAGACCUAGCAGUUGAUUCUUACCACCGCUACAAGGAAGAUGUGAGUAUAAUGAAGGACAUAGGAUUUGAUGCAUACAGAUUCUCUAUCUCAUGGUCUAGGGUUCUACCUGGUGGAAGCCUGAGGGGAGGUAUAAACAGAGAAGGCAUCACAUAUUACAACAAUCUUAUCAAUGAACUCCUCUCUAAUGGUUUGCAGCCCUUUGUUACUCUAUUUCAUUGGGAUCUCCCUCAAGCCCUUGAAGAUGAAUAUGGUGGUUUUUUAAGUCCAAAUAUUCUAAAGGAUUUUGCAGACUAUGCAGAUGUAUGCUAUAGGGAAUUUGGAGAUAGAGUGAAGCACUGGAUCACUAUAAAUGAGCCAGUCACCUACACCACACAGGGUUAUGCAAAUGGAUUAUUUGCACCAGGAAGAUGCUCCAAGUGGUUGCCUUUCUACUGCAGUGUUGGGGAUUCUAGUACUGAACCAUACCUGGUCACUCACCACCAGAUUCUUGCUCAUGCAGCUGCUGUCAAAGUCUACAGGGACAAGUACCAGAUUUCUCAAAAGGGACAAAUUGGAAUAACAUUGAACUCCCCAUGGGUAAUGCCACUUUCCCAGUCAAAGGAAGACGUAAAUGCAGCAUCUAGGGCCCUUGCUUUCCUGUUUGACUGGUUUAUGGAGCCACUAAAGUCUGGAUCAUACCCUGUUGAAAUGGUUAAUAAAACUGGUGAAAGAUUGCCAAAAUUUUCGAGGGAGCAAUCCUUGAUGGUUAAAGGAUCCUUUGAUUUCGUAGGACUUAACUAUUACACAGCAAGUUAUGCAGCCAAUGUCCCUUGCACAAGAGAAAACCAAACUAUGUUUACAGAUGCAUGUGUUUCUCUCACAUCAACGAGGAAUGGAGUACAAAUUGGUCCGAAGGGUGCCUCAGACUGGUUAUACAUCUAUCCCAGAGGAAUUCAAGAUCUUUUACUCUACACAAAGGAAAAGUUCAACAAUCCAGUCAUUUACAUAACAGAAAAUGGGGUUGAUGAACUUAAUGACAAUGCAAAAUCACUUGAGGACCACAUAAGAAUAGACUACAUCAGUAACCAUCUUUCCUAUGUUCACAGUGCAAUACAGAAUGGUGUGAAUGUGAAAGGCUACUUUGUAUGGUCAUUGUUGGACAAUUUUGAAUGGGCAAAUGGGUAUUCUGUUCGAUUUGGAAUCGUUUAUAUUGAUUACAAGGAUGGAUUGAGAAGAUAUCCUAAGAAAUCAGCAGAGUGGUUCAAAAAUUUUCUACAAUGAUGUAAUCAAUCUUGUACUACUUUUGAAGGUUUUAGAGGUAUAAAUACUUGGAAAAAUGUAGCCAAUUGUUGAACCCUGUAAUUGGAUGCAGCUUCAAGUAAACAAAUAGGAUACCUGUAAUUGAAUUACAUCAUGUGAAUUCAUAAAUUUAU